GAAUGACUGACAGCUCCUCGAAGCGCUGGAAUUAUUUUUGUUAUGCGCAGCUCGAGACCGUAAAGUGAGGAGGAUUUGCACUUUGGAAAGCGAACAAUUUAAGCUCGCAUCUGCUCUAACAGGAAUCUUAUAACCAAGGAAGAUGGAGAAGGGAAUCACUGUUAUUGUACCAAUGCCAACAAAGGUAACACAAGACUAUACAACUUAUCCUUCUGCAACAGCCAGUCACGGAUCUGACAGCAUAACUAAAGUUCAGCUGCCCCAAGUUCUGAACAAGUUUCGGAAAGGAGAACCUUGCAUAUUAGGGAUUUUACAGUUAACAUCUGGCAUAGUUAAUAUCAUCUUUGGUGCUAUUAUGGUCCUGUAUUUGGACGCUUUAACUUUCACUGGAAUUCCAUUUUGGACAGGGAUUCUGUAUAUAAUUUCUGGAUCUCUUUCCAUUGCUGCAGACAAGAAGCCUAAGACAUCCCUGAUGAACGGCAUGUUAACCAUGAACAUCAUUAGUUCCAUAGCAGCUGGGAUUGGGAUCAUUUUCUAUGCCAUGAAUUUAAGCUUUCGAAUGUAUAUCAGCUAUUGCUUUUACCAUUUUGAAUCUGAUUUUAUUUCUCCAUCAAGCUGUGAAAUUUUACAUGAAAAGCAAAUAAUACUUCAUAAUGGAACAAUAGGCUUGAUGCUAGUUUUCACUAUUUUAGAGUUUUUUGUGACCAUCAUCACAUCUAGUUUUGGGUGCAAAGUUAUUUGUGGCCAGAAUUUGCCAGUGAUUAUUGUCCAGCAAACCAUCCAUUCAAACACAGAUCCUGCACCCAAUGUUUAAAUGUCUAAAAAGAGAAGAAAUAUUUUUGGAUUAUUUUCUUUUCCUACUUGGAGAAAACUCAUUUACAAGAAUCAUAUUUAAUGGAUAAAAAUGUAUUUUUUGGAGACUGAAAUGAUUAUAUUCAAUUUAUUAUGUUUACAUUGUGUAUUAAUCUUCUUAUUUGUUUUAGCAAAUCAAGCAGAUAUGCAUCCACUGUCUGUUAUGACAGCUUUAUGAGGACCAAUGCAAAAAGAAAGUUGUGAUGUACAAUAAUAAAGCUAGCUUUAAAAAGAAAGAACAUUAUGUGUGGAUAUUAAACAGGAGAGAACGCACACAAGAAUGUGUUUCUUUCUUUUCUUUUUUUUAAGUGUACAAAUGAAGGACAGCAAAAUAUCACAGAAAAAGAUAUCAAAUAUGUGGAAAUAUCAUCUAUUACAUUGUUUUGGAAGGUAAUUAACUAAGUAUUAUUGAUAUAAUUAUUCUGCUUAAAAAUGUUAUAGCCUUCCUUAGUUGAGCAUAUUGAAGAUUCUACAAUAAAAAUCUAAUUAUAUGUGUAGAUUUUCCAUUAAACUAGGCAGACCAUGUUGGCUGAUAUUCAUUCAAAAUUCUUUUAUUUUUUUAAGGUGUAAUUUUACCAAUAAAAUACCAUAAACUGAGAUGCAUUGUGAUUAUCUGGAAAAGUAUAUCCUGACCUAUAGAAUUGUUAAGACUGUAAAAUAAAAAAAAACUAUAUUAUAAAUACAAGAACCAUUACCUAUUCCUCUAAAUUAUCCUAACACAAUAUUUUUGAAGUCUCUUUCCUACCAUGAAAUAUCUCUGGGUCAGCGGAGGCCACAGUUUUAGUUCCAGAUAUUUAGUUAUCUGUUUAUUUUUACAGGUAUCUAAAAAGCUUUAUAAUGUAACCCAGUGGUCCAUGGAGGGUCUAUAGUUGAACGUUUAAAGUCAGGUCAUUCAGCAUUGUAAACCAUGAGAAAUUGUGGAGGUUAAUUAUUGAACAAUACCCUGAAAUGCUGUAUUAAUCAUUUUAAAAUAAUCUCUGGGUAUUCUGAUUAGGCUGUUUCAUUAAAACCACUCUGUAUUAUAAAUGAAAUAGUAUUUUUCUGUGUUGAUUGUUUCACCAUUAAACAGAACUGCAAUAAA